AUGGGGAAGUUUGGGCGGGCCAGGAAGGAGCUCUCAAAAAAGGGCACAAGGAAGGCAAAAAAAGAAGGCAAAAAGGAAGGCAAAAAGGAAGGUAAAAAAAAAGGUGAAAAGAAAGGUGAAAAAAAAGGCACCACGCAUCUCACAAAACGUCUGGCAAAGAAGGGGAUAAACAAAUCGACGAAAGGGGUGUUCACGAAGGACAGGAUCGACACCUCCGUCGGUAGGGAUACCACUGUCUGUAGCGAGGUGGUGGGGAUCACUCCUAACGGGGGUGGCGAUGCGGCUAGCAAGAGCCCCCCCGGGGGCGACCUCUUCGACGGGCUGUUCGCCGAUCUGAAGGGAAUCCUAAGCGAGAGCCUGCUACAAAGUUUGGAGAAAAACAAAUUCGUGAAAACGACAAGCAUCCAGAAGAGGAGCAUCCCCAUCAUGUUAAGUGACAACGAUGUCUUCCUUAAAUCCAUGACUGGAUCUGGAAAAACGUUAUGUUAUGCAUUGCCAUCUGUACAGAAAAUACUGAAUAUGCAAAAGGAGAAAAUAAGAGUGACGAGGGAUAUGGGAACUUUCAUCUUGGUUCUCUCCCCGACGAGGGAAUUGGCCGUCCAAAUAAAUAGUUUGUUCUUUACCUUGACGAAACCCUAUCCCUACAUUGUAGUGUCCUGUUUAACAGGUGGGGAGAAAAAAAAGUCGGAAAAGAACCGACUGAAAAAAGGCGUAUCCAUUUUGACAUGCACACCAGGAAGGUUAUUGGACCACUUGGAGCACACGAAGGCGUUGAAGCUAACACAUUUGCAGUGCGUUAUAUUGGACGAAGCAGACAAGGUGAUUUUCCUCGGCACGCAGGAUAAGGUCAGGUUAAUAUAUGAUACCAUUAAGAGGCUCCGUCGUGAACAGGUGGCAGGCGCUGUAGACACGAAGAGUGACAACCACACGGAGGGAAAAAACUUCCAAAUGGUAUUUAUUUCCGCAACGCUGAAUCAUGCCGUGAAGAGUUUGGCGAAUUAUUGUUUAACGAACCGGACAGUAUGGGUGGAGGCCAAGGAAGGCGAUGGCAAGGGGGGUAAGUUACUUUCCCCUGGGCCCCCGAACAUAGCACUCUGCAAUGGCAACGAAGAUGUGGAUACCAGCGCCAACAAAGAUGUUACAUCUACCCUGGGAGAAGAACACUGGGAAUAUGAACUCCCAGAACAGUUAAAACAAUUUUGUAUUGUAUCCGAUUUUAGGAAGAAGUUUCUAUGCUUAGUGCACAUGCUACUGUCAUGCAUGAAAAAGAAGCAGAAGCCAGUGGUUUUCCUUUCUAACUGUCACAGCGUAGAAUACAUGCAAGCGCUACUUAAGAGUUUAUAUUGGCCAACUGAUUUGAAAAAAGAAAACAUGGAGGUGCAUAAGAAAUUAAACGAGGGAGUUUCCCCUGUGUUGUUAAAGGAGGAUGAGAAAUUGUUACGCAAACAUUUGGAGAAGACUCUGCAGAGGAAGGAACGUGAAUCUGGAAAUACAUCGAAGAAACGGAAGGAAAGAAUUACCCUGCCAUUUAAAAACAUCAACGUAGAUGAUAUACAAGGAGAAGACUCAUUCGACGAAGGGAACGCUACCAUUGGUGGUGGUGAUGGAUCCGUUCUGUAUAAUGUAAACACGGAUAGGCACAAGAGGAAGUACCUUUUCGGAGAUACAAACAUAUACAUUUUACAUGGUAACCUAUCUAAGGAAGACCGACUUGGUAAUUUUUCGGAUUUUGCUUAUGGGAAAAAUAAUAAAUCCAUUCUAAUAUGUACAGAGAUUGUAUCGAGAGGAGUGAAUUUUGAUGAACUGGAUGUGGUUAUCCAGUAUGAUCCUCCACAAGUUUUUGAGGAAUACGUUCAUAAGGUGGGUCGAACAGCGCGACUACAUAAAGAAGGCUCGUCCUACUUGUUCCUCUUACCGACAGAAGUGGAGUUUCUCAAUGUCUUACGGGAAAAGAAGAUUCAUGUGAAGACCAUUCAAGGGGAGGAGCUAAUUGGUAAAUUCCGGAGAGAAGAUGUACCUCCGUCUUUUUCAUCCAUUGGUGGUAAUAUACUUAGUUUCAUCUACAACCAUUUUAAGGUUACUGUUAAAUCGGAUGAGUCCCUUAUGGAGAAAGCUACAAGUGCUUUUCUCGCAUCUGUCACUGCCUACUACUCAGUAAGUAAAUCAUUGCGACACAUUUUUUGCGCGAAGAAUCUUCACCUCGGCCACCUCGCCUAUGCCUUCCUCCUAGACGAGAGCCCCAAGGAAAUUGCUAAACUGAAUAAACAACAACGCUACCUGCGGGUGAAGCGCCAGACCACGCUGAACAAGCGGGAGCGCCGUCUCCUCCGCUCGAGGUGA